GCGAGUUGGAGCAAAGUUGAGUGGCAGAUCGUGAGCAGAGACCGCGACCCGAGAGACCCACCACUGUCAGGCGAAUGCACGUGAAUGGAGAAUUGGCGGCACCGGUUGGAAGGUCGAUAAUCACCAGUUCGUUCUCGUCGUGCGCUGCUCCACAUCAACAAAUCUUUGUGCGCUGCUCCACAUCAACAAAUCUGUGAGGAAGUCGUCCUGUUGCAACGUCCCAUAUCUCUUGGCAACAAGCCAGCCAACGAUUCUAUGAAGUGCCGCGCAAGGCUAUACGUUCAACGCUCUCAUAUUCAUCGAUCCCACGCAGUUUCUUGCCCGCAGGCGCGUCGUCAGCUCCAGAGGGCCUGAACGAUGCAGGGUUGCCAAUGUGCCCAAAUUCAACUUGUUCGACGACAUGCAUUCGUUUCAAUCGAGAGUGAUGGUACUGGAGCAACUAAAAGUAAUCUGAAGCUCAGCGCCGAAACUACUCCAUUGUGGCUUCGUCAUGGUGAAUGCGGUCGACAAGACCAACGCGACCCCUGUCUCGGCAUUUCCAACUGCAUUCGAGUGCACAGGCGCACUAUAUGUUGGUCACAUUGCGCCCAUCCUUCUGGAGAAGAAGCCUGUGCCGAGCAAGGCAGGCACAUGGCUCGUCGAACAAGUCAUGAUGAAUGGAGACCACGUUGGGUUCAUCUGCCACCACAAGGACACGAUGCCAUCGUCGUUGCUUACUCGCAUCGUAGCCCCAAAUGUCACAGGCGAUUUGCUUCUACAGAAGAUUGGUCGAUACGGUUGGGGUUACGAAAGCCUCGAAGCAAAUACACCCCUGGUACACGAUCGCUUUCGUGCGAGUGCAGCGGACUACCGCGAAGACGACCGGCUCAUUGGGGGAGGGUACUUUCUCUUAGUGGAUGCCGCCCACAAAGCAGCAUUGGUCCCAGCGCUCGACUCAUUAUACAACCUGUGGUCCAACCAUCGCUUUGACAUCAACGGAACUCCGUUUGGUGUGACAUGCCGGUAUUCCCAGGGCGAAUAUGAAUUGGCGUGGAUCGUCAAGACCGCCGAGACCGGCGAGAUGGUUGGAUUUGUCUACGAUGGGUCUUACAGCAUGUUCGACGGAAGCUGCGACGAGGAGUACAUCGUCGGGGCCGAGCGAGUCUUCGUUCCCAAGUCUGGUGGCGACGGUGUGGUCGUCACGCAUGUUGACCCUUCAAGUUGCAUUUCGAAUGCAAUUUAAAUAUCCGUGCAAUGGAUUUUUUUAUCUUGGCCCACGGAUAAUAUUCCCUUGUUUAAAAUGCUGGAUACAAUUGUUCAUUGAGACUUGUCCUUCAUGCUAAAUUGCUUCACCACAUUCAGCAUUUCAU